UGAGGGAAACAGGAAAACUGAUGCAAGGAAGUGGUGUACGUCACCAGCCAGCCCACUGCAGUCUGAGCUGAAAGUAUGAUCCAGACCUGAAGAAAGUAUGGAGUCUUUGCUCAAGUCACCGAUGAAACUUGUACUUUUUACAGCAUGGUUCUGGAGUCUGUUGGACACCGGCUGCCUCUCUAUUUGUGACACUUGCCACCAAAAUGCAACAUGUAAAGUCAUGAAUGGAUCGAACAGCGGCUGCUUCUGUAACCAUGGAUAUACAGGAGAUGGGAAACAUUUCUGCAAGGAUGACAACGAGUGCCAGAACGUGACUGAUAUCUGCGGCGACAGGGGCCACUGUACGAACACGGAGGGCAGCUACUACUGCACGUGUGUCCCCGGAUACACGUCGACGGGACAAAGCCGGUUCCAGCCCAACGACGGCACCGAAUGCACCGAUAUCGAUGAAUGCAAGUCAGGAYCAGUUUGUGGGCCCAACUCAGUCUGCCAUAAUACAAAUGGAUCCUUUGAUUGCACCUGUCAGCGUGAUUACAUCUCAACUUCAGGCUCCAAGCGCUUUCAUCCAGGGAGAGGUGCGAGGUGUAAAGAGCACCCCCAAAAACAUUGCCAUGACGACGCUGAAUGCACGACGCAGGCUGUCAACAGUACACUUGAAAAGCUGAGCAACCUGACGGAGCCGCAGAGUCUGCUGGGAGAAAUUGCCAAGCAGACAUCUGGUGAACUCACCUCAGUGGAAGUGAUCGCAUAUGUCGAGGCCUUGAGUCGAUCCGCAUCAACACUGACUGCUGCGGAGAAGGAUUACUCUGUCAAACCAUCUGCCAUCAACUCCACUCUCUCGAAAUUGGUCAAAGCUGCAAACAAUCUGGUGGAGAAGGAUGAGCUGGUGGCCUGGAGCCGAAUGAAGGACGAGCGGCGAGGACCCACCCUCACCAAGCUGCUGCACCUGGUGGAAGAAAGUGCUCUGUCUUUGGGCAACAACGUCAAAACUCCAACCGAGAUCCAAAUCAAAGCAAAAGAAAUGGAAUUAAAACUACUCACUUUGCACAGCCAGCGUGUAAAAACCAAAGUGUCUUUUUCCACGAGUGGUGGUCACAUCAGUCUAACCCCAAAACUGACUCCAGGGAAAGACAGAAAUGGAAGUGUGUCAGUGGUGUUUGUGCGAUAUGACAGCAUCGGUGACAUCCUGAAGCCGAGCAGCGACCCAGGUGUCACCGACUACUCGCGCUACGCAGGAACUGGGGAAAUCACUGUCAACUCCCAAGUCGUCGCCGCAGCCGUCAAACCUGCUGACAUUUACCAGCUUGACCAUGUCACCUUCACUCUGAGGCACGCCGAGCCUAUCGACGUGAAGGUUGAUGUGACAAAGUGCGCCUUCUGGGAGUAUGAGGUGGACAGCCUGCAGGGUCGCUGGUCCACUCACGGCUGCAAGACCAUCCAGGUCAGCAGCAACGCAACCAGCUGUUCCUGCGAUCACCUCACCCACUUCGCCAUCCUCAUGUCAUCCGGGAGAGCAAAUCUGGCGGCGCACAAUACGAUCCUGACCCGGAUCACCCAGCUGGGGAUGAUCAUCUCCCUCAUCUGUUUGUCCAUGUGCAUCUUCACCUUCUGGUUCUUCAGCGAGAUCCAGAGCACCAGGACCACCAUCCACAAGAACCUGUGCUGCAGCCUCUUCAUGGCCGAGUUCAUCUUCCUCGUGGGGAUCAACAUGAACACGCACAAGCUUUUCUGCUCUGUGAUCGCAGGGUUGCUGCACUAUUUCUUCCUCGCAGCGUUCGCCUGGAUGUGCAUCGAGGGCAUCCAUCUGUACCUCAUCGUGGUUGGCGUCAUCUACAACAAAGGCUUUCUGCAUCGCAACUUUUACAUCUUUGGUUACGGGAGCCCGGCAGUGGUGGUGGCAAUCUCAGCGACGCUGGGCUCAAAGUACUACGGUACUGAGAGAGU